UCUUGUCGUCUCCUUCCCAGACACCAAAUCACAUUCAUUGUGAGUUCAGCCGAAACAGAUCGAGACCGAUCCGAGAGUGCACAGCUGACGGAAACAGUCGAAGUCGCUCAUGCCGCGGUGUCGCUUGCUUGGCUCCUCGCUUGCCUGCCUGCCUGCAUUACAUUCUGUUCUACCCGUUCUAUUCGAUCAAAGUGGAGAGCGGCGCUGCAGCGCGCAUGCAUUAUACACAGUCCUGCGAUCGUGAAGUGAACCACACCGGACUGGGCUAGCUGCACCGAACACAGCAGCGCUUGGUAGAACGUAGGGCUGCAAUUGGGCUGCAACGAAGCUUACAACACUAGCUUAUUAUAAUAUAUCGUCUCGUCAAGGUAUACGGGUAUUUUAACAAGAAAUCGAAUCUCAGGAAUAAGGAAGCGCUCAUCCGAGAGACCGACGAGACUGUGCACUCUGCGAGGACUGAACGUACUGUGAAAACGAAUAAAUGCAGAGGAGACACAGCGUUGCCAUGGAGACUGCCGCAUGAAAGAGAGGCAGCUACAACUGCGUCUCUCUGUCUCUCCCCCUCUCUCAUCUUCAUCCCCAUCACUCUCUCCUCUCCCUUCUGACCUGUCCUGCACUGACCUUCACCACACAUCUCUCAAAUGUGCAGUUCUGAAAGACCGAUUUUCAUGUUAUUGCUACUACACUGAAACAAACUAGAGUCCGAAACGAACAACAAGAAAGACUGGCAGAACGAGAAAGAGGGAGAGAGCGAACGAGAGACACCUUAGAUGGAAGGAGGUCGGAUUGAAGGGAAUAACAAACUACCUGCCCGAGAGAAAGAGAGCGCGAGAGAGCGAGGGAGCAAGCAACGCAGGUUGAAAGAGGAGAAGAGCUCCACUCCUCCACUGAGCGGCGACACGUUCUGUCCAUCCCCUCUCCUCUGCUAGCGUCCUUGUCGACUCACUCUCUUCAGUCUCUCUGUGCACCAGGGAAUGGUGCUUCGUGCUCGCGAUGGUCUGGUGUGAGAAGGGAAUCCAGAUCUUGCUCACCACGGUGGGAGCGUUCGCCGCGUUCGGUCUGAUGACGGUGGCGAUCGGCACCGAUUACUGGCUCUACGCAAGAGCCUUCAUCUGCAACAGCACAGCCAACUCCAGCACCGACGACACCCACAGCAAAGACAAGAAGGACCCCGGCGCACUCACUCACUCCGGACUGUGGAGGAUCUGCUGCUUAGAGGGUUUGAAGCGUGGAGUUUGUGCGCAGAUUAAUCACUUCCCUGACGACGCAGACUUUGACCAAAAUGAAUAUGUUCUGCGAGUGGUCCGGGCCUCCAGUCUCUUCCCUAUCCUCAGCGCUAUACUGCUCCUGCUGGGGGGAGUGUGUAUUGCAGCAAGUCGUUUCUACAAGAGCAAAAGAAACAUCAUCCUGGGGGCAGGGAUACUGUUCGUAGCAGCUGGCCUCAGUAACAUCAUCGGGGUGAUCGUGUACAUCUCAGCCAGUGCAGGAGACAUCUCUAUGAAGAAGGACGAGGAUAAGAAGUGGCACUACUCGUACGGCUGGUCCUUCUACUUCGGGGGGCUGAGCUUCAUCCUGGCAGAGAUGAUCGGGGUGCUGGCUGUGAACAUCUACAUUGAGAAGAACAAGGAGGCGCGCUGCCGUUCACGGACUGACCUCCUCAAGAGCACCUCUGCCAUCCUGCGCCUGCCCAGCUACCGCUUCCGCCCGCGCUCUCGCUCCAGCUCCCGCUCCAGCGAGCCCUCCCCAUCCCGGGACCCCUCCCCCGUCAGGUUGAAGAACUUCGGGGGGCUGCCCCCCUCGCAGGGCCCCCUGUCAGUGUCCACCCUGCCCAACCCCCACUCCUCCUCUGGCGGGGCCGACAUCACCAUGUACACGCUGUCUCGGGACGCCAAGUUGGCGGGGCUGGGAGGGCUGGGUGCUCCUCUCUACGGGACAGUAGACAGGGCAGCGUUCUUUCAGGUCCACAACUGCUUCCCGAAAGACUCCCACCAGGGCAUCUCCUCCUCCUCCCAGCAGCUGAUCGACAGGCAGGGCGGGGGGGGCAAAGCGAACGGGGGAGGGGGGGGAGGGAGCGGGGGGGGGAGCAGCACUAUGGACAGGCAAGCGAAGGAGAGCUCCAAUUCAAACACCCUGAAUAGAAAAACCACACCAGUGUGA